AUGGAAUUUCCUUCAUAUCGUAAACCUUACUCUCAUCGAACCCGAUUUAAACUCGUUCAUUCAACAACGACACUUGUCAAAGUGUCAAAAGCAACAACAACAACAACAACAACAGCAGCCGCAGCAGCAGCAAUACCAACAUCUCGAUUCAAACUUGUACGGAAUGGAACUCAAAAAACGCAACCGGCACUCAAUUCAUCGAAAACUUCACUUCUACGAGUAAAAAACACAGAGAAAUCAUUACCGUCGACAGCACUAGUGAAGAAUAUUGAAAACAAGUAUAAAUGGAUACGAACAAGUUUGAGAAAAACUAAUCGAAACAGUUUCAAACUCGAUCGUCGAAAGCCAACGAGUAGCGGACGAGUAGCAAAACGUAAGCCUCAUGCAUCGCUCUCCAAAUGUCUUGUGCGUAUUCGUGGUAUUAAAUUCCAAACCCAUCCAAAUGGCAAAUGCCUUCAACGGUUAGUAUCCGAUCCUGACGCUAGCAAAACAGCAUUAUCAUCGAUUCCAGUGAAAAAAACCGAAGAUCCCAUUCGAUCAAAAGCAAACGUACUCCUCCAACGAAGUAUUCACAUAAGUAACGGAUGCUAUCGAUUACGAAAUCGAACAAAAAAAUCCACCUCCCUACGAAAGAAGAAAAAUUGCAUUUAUUUUAAUCGCUUUGGUAAAUGCCAUCGUGGUGAUGAAUGUCCAUUUCUUCACGAUCGUACGCGAAUUGCUGUCUGUACACAAUUUUUGAAUGGACGAUGUAAGAAUUCUUCUUGCCCGUACUCUCAUGAAUUAACUCCGGGAAAAGUUCCAACAUGUUCCUUUUUUAUGAAAGGAGCUUGUGGGCAGGACAAUUGCCCUUAUGCACAUUCAUUUGUAGGAGCUGAUGCUCAAAUCUGUGAUGAUUUUGUUCAAGGAUUUUGUGCCAAAGGAAUUGAGUGUCCGAAACAACAUGUUCUCUUGUGUCCGCAAUUUGAAUCAACUGGCCAAUGUCCACGUGGUAAACAAUGCCAUUUAACACAUCGACGAAAGAGAAGUGAAAAUAAGCUUGUAAAUCUGAGAAUACCUUCUUCCAAAAAAGUUGACCAAACAGAAUCUAGUCUUCCAAGUGUGAUGCCAGCAUAUAUUCCAUUAACAUCAGAGCCGGAGAAAACAUCGCCGACAUCGACAGAAUUAAAGCUACGACCAAGCUUUUUAUCUUAG